UCCAUUUGGGCAAGAAGAGAACAUUAGCGUGAGGCAAGAGUGCUGUGGUACAAUGACCUUAAAACUGACUUUUUUAAUUCUGUUUUUUACACCAGCCCUGAUUCUGACUGCUGACCUUCUUCCACUGAUUUCUUUGACUGCUGUUGAACCUGGUGACAAUGUUACUUUAGUGUGUAAUGUCUCUGGGAUGGAAAUGAAAUUCUUCUAUUGGCAUAAACAGCCUAUUGGACAUAUGGUCCAAACUGUUGCCAAAGUCAUCCAUGGCCAAAGCUUUAUUUCUGAGGAAUUCAAAGAUUCACGUUUCACAGUUAUAAAAAAGGCUUCUCAGUAUUUUCUAACUAUCAGAAACGUCAGUAAAGAGGAUGAAGCAACAUAUUUCUGUCACACUGGAACAGAUUACUCUCCUAAGUUCAGCAGAGGAACAUUCUUGUUUGUGAAUGAUCACAGUAACCAGAAAUGUGUCUAUGUGAAACAAAGUCCACAGAGGGCAUCGGUUCUUCUGGGACACUCAGUGACACUAAAUUGUUCACUUCUCUUGAAGAACAAAGAAACUGCAGUCCAGUGUCCAGAUGAACACAGAGUGUAUUGGUUGAGAGCUGGACCAGAAGGAUUUGAUUUAAACAUCAUUAACACUCACAGGAACAGCAGAAUUGAAGAUGUGAAGAGAAGUUGUGUCUACAGCCUGUCCAAAAUGAUACAGAACUCUGAUGCUGGGACUUACUAUUGUGCUGUGUUCACAUGUGGAACGAUCCUGUUUGGUAAAGGAACUCAAGUGGAGACACGACCUGAAUUAGAACCUGUUGUCCUUGCUCUUGGAGUACUGCUGGCCUGCUGUGUUUCUGUGAUUGCCUUUCUUAUUUUCUACAUAAAAGAAAGGAGCACAAGAAAGGAGCACUGCAGAGGGGAAAUGCAUGCCUCCAGUCAUUUUGGACAUGACGUGUCAAAUGUGGAUCAAGCAAAGAUUUUGCCUAUGAACUAUUCAUCGGUGGAUUUCUCUGCAACAAGUGUAAAAAGAGGGAAGAAGAGGAGAGAGUCACUGCAAGACUAUGUGUACACUGCUGUUAAAGACCACCAGCAACGCUCUGUAUAGGCCAAGGGCAGAAGCCUUCCAUUAACAGAUGCUCUGACCUUUUUAACUUUUGCUAACAAAAAGACAGUUUAAUAUUUGAGACCAUUCCCCAGUGCAAAUACUUUUUAUUUUCUAAAAACUCUGGGGAUCAACUCAUGUGGGAGAGAACUUCUUCUUAAGUUCCAUGUAUCUAUCCAUAUGCUUAUGCUUAUGCUUAGGGUCACAUAGGGGAUAGAGCUUAUUUCAGCUGUCAUAGGGUGAGAGGAAGAGCACAUCUUGGACAGGUCACCAAUCAGUCAUAGUGCUACACGUCCAC